AUGAGCGGUUGCGGCAAGGUUUAUCGCGACGAAAUUCGCAAUGUUGGCGAUAGAGAACAGUGUGCGAGUGGCGUCUUCCCGCCGCAGGUGUCGGACAUGACGCCGGAGCGCUGCGCGGGCUUCCGGGUGCUGCCACCGUCGGCCUUCUUCCCUGUGCCGUGGCCCCAGUGGCGGCGCUACUUCCAAGAGCAGGGCGCGGCGCUCACCAUGGCCGCCAUCAACGGCAGCUACGUCAUCCACGUGUGGAACCGGAUGAGCGCGGCGGCGAACGUGUGGCGCGCCAGUUUUGCCCUCGAGUUGCGCAAAGUGCAGGAGCAUACUUUUGAGACCUACUGUCCUUGGAAAACCUUCACGCGCGAAGCAAAGCAAUAAAUGAAUCUCAUUAUUGGUGGCGAGGCGCAGGCCUUUGUGCCUGCUCUUAGGAAUACUCUGAUCGUAAUAAAUAGGAGGUUAUUCAAACUUGAUUUAACGUGCCUCACCAGUAAGCCAACAACUUCCAGUACUUCUCCCGGGACUGCAAGAAAGUUAUCAUCCCGGUAAAAGCCUUAAACUAUUAAGUAAAUCCAGGUAAAUCUCAGAAGGGAUAGAGGUGGCUUAAAGGCAAGGUUAAAUACUCUGCCAAAAAUAUAACAUGUCUAAGCCAUUGCAGUGUGUCCAUAAGAUACAAAGGAAAAAUUGGCACAAUUCCAAUUAAAUAGUCUGUCUUAUCAUACAGCAAAGGUUGGAAGAAGAAUACGAACUAAAACAGACAGGUUGCAAAUUUCUGUAACUCAUCUUGACAAAAUUAGAAAAUAUUUCCAACUGAAACAAUGAGGUUGUAAUUUGUUGAGAGAUUGUAACUGCAUUACAAAGGUACAGAAAAAGAAUAGCUCGUAUCAAUAAUUUAUAUAUUUUGAAUGAAUACAUAUCUGUGCAUAAACAUGUACUAAUACACAGGUAUCACACAUUUGUGUACAAAAGUAAUGUAUGGUGUUGAAUAUUAGUUCUAUAUUUGUGAUUAAGAAUGAUUGCGUGAUUACACAAGUAAACUACAAUGGCAAAUAGCUAGAUUAUGAAGUAUACAAGUUAUUUGGUGUAAGAAUAAGAGUAAAAAAUGAAAGAAUUUGUGUGUACAACAGGUAUGUUUAUUUACAAGAGUUAUAUGGUUAAAUAAUAGUAUUUCAGUUGAUUGAAAUUAGAGGAAAGAGUGACUGAAAAUGAAAUUGAAAAAAAGGAAGAGGAAAUGAAUCAAAAUAAUGGACAAAGAUUUAAGUGAUCCGAGGAGAAGAAAAAAUGAAAAAGAUCGAAGCGGGAGAAAGAAGAUAAGAUGACGUAUUUAUCUGAGAAGUAGGGUAGAGCAUUGUAUGAUAGGUAAGUUUGGAACAAGUGAAAGUUUUUGGUGCGAAAACGUUUGGCGCCCACCUAGGCCUCCAAGUAGUGAAAAGAUCGUUAAGUAACGUUCCCAGCAUGAUGACCUCUUUUGUAAACUUUUGAAAUGUGCAUCUAUACGUAACAGUGGAGGGACCAAGCAGGGACGGCAAUGACAGUAAAUAAUUUGCUAAAAACAGUGGUGUUGUGAUGGGGAAUUCAAAUGAGGUGUCACAUCCGGGUAAAAGUACCUUCCGACAAGUGUCACGUCCCUAUUAUAUUUAGCCAUCUGUAAGAUGUAAGAUAAGAUCUGAUAGACGCAAUAGUAUUGUUAUUCUGCCUGUGGGGGCAGGGCUGUCGGUGGUGCAUGUUACAGACGCAAGAGCAUUCAAAAACGUUGUUACACGUGUGUUUCAUGGGAAUUCAGACUUUUUGUUUUUCUUUAUAACGUGUUUUUACACAUAGCACUACUUAACAAGUUUAUCAAAUGUUAUGAAUUUGUUUCCAAUCAUCAGAGUAAUGCUCGUACGUUUAGUUGAUACUCCCAGGUGUAUUGUGAUACUCUCUCUAAGAAUGUAUUUCAGAGGGCCGCUGAAGUUCCCAAGUGAAAAUUAAAGUGAAAUAUAAACUGAACGUCGUCAACAUUCCACCGAGAAGCAAAAAUUGUUCUCUCACGUAAUGUAGUACAGAAUAAUCAGAAUUUAGUGUAAAGUUUCUGAGACAAAUACUUCUGUUUGUACAUUAUUAUUAAUAAACAUAACGUAACAGUUCAUGACAUAACAAUCAGUCGCUCCAAGUGGUGUAACAGCUCUGCAUACUCAUAAUAUUGUCAUGUUCAUUGUCAUCGUCUGUACUUUAGUAUAUAGUAGCCGCCUAAAAAGAAACUUCCCAUGUACCACGCAUUCGGUGCACCUAUUGGGAGAAUUCCUAUGUUUCAACAACCUCGUGUUGUCCGAGAUGCUUUUUAUUUCUGCUGAAUAUCAUACUUUAUAAUGGAUACUUUGGAAGUCACGAAUUUCAUACGACUAAGUAUUACAUGAUGUUCCUUGCAAUAUUCCAAUUUUUUUAAUUUAACUUGUUCAGCACGUGCAGAAACACAAAGUACAAUGUUUGUAGAGAACGUGUAACUGUUUCAUUUAGAAUUGGUGUUUUCACUUUUUUCUUUGACAUCUCUUUCAACAUUAUGUUUGUGGAAAUAUAGGUAUAAUUUAAAUACCAUGUUACUAAUAUAAUAAAAAUAAAAAUAAAAUAAACAGCAAUUGCUAGAUUGCUGUAAUUUAUUCAGGGUAUCAAAUAUGCAAAAAGUGUUCCAUUUUUAUAAAUAUUUUCACUCGUACUUAAAUGAGAAACGAAAUAAGACGGAAGAAUAUAUUGAGAUUGUUAGAUGGAGU